AUGGCCGCUGCCGGUGCCGGGUCCUUGAGUUGAGCGCCCGCUAACGCGAACCAACCGCUGCAGUUAACUGUCCGCGCGGGCCGGGCCCAGGCGCCGCCCGGACGGCGAGGAGCUGCGGCCGCGUGGAGAAGCAGGAGGCCGCUGCGUCCGGUGCAUGGCGUCCAUUUUGCUCAGGAGCUGCCGCGGCCGGCGGCCCGCCCGCCUCCACCCGCCCCUCGCUGCCGCUCCGCGGGGUAGUCUGGGGGAUCGCGCUUGUCUCAGUUGUACCAGGAUCGUGGGUUUGAUAAACCGAGAGCAUGUUCUCUUUGGCUGCUGUGCUCCGGCCCAUCCUGCCUACUUCUGCUUCAGAGGAGAGCCUCUCAGCUGUUGGACUCCCAGGCUCCAGCACCUGUGCGAGCUGGCAAGGGUGCCAUGCCCCCCCACCUCAGGAAGCUUGGUUGUGACAGGACCUCAGUACCUUCCUGUGCGGGCCUGGCACUCAUCGUCCCCUCUUUGUGAUGACUCUGUGGUGGAGAAAUCCCUCAAGUCCCUAAAGGACAAGAACAAGAAGCUGGAGGAGGGUGGCCCUGUGUAUAGCCCGCCAGCCAAGGUGGUGGUAAAGAAGUCCCUUGGGCAGAAAGUGCUGGAUGAGCUGAAGCACUACUACCACGGAUUCCGCCUGCUGUGGAUCGACACCAAGAUCGCCGCUCGUACGCUCUGGCGCAUCCUCAACGGCCACACGCUGACCCGCAGGGAGCGCAGGCAGUUCCUCCGGAUCUGCGCUGACCUCUUCCGCCUGGUCCCCUUCCUGGUCUUCGUGGUGGUGCCCUUCAUGGAGUUCCUGCUCCCUGUGGCUGUGAAACUCUUCCCCAACAUGCUACCAUCCACAUUUGAGACCCAGUCCAUCAAGGAGGAGAGGCUGAAGAAGGAGCUGCGGGUGAAGCUGGAACUGGCGAAGUUCCUCCAGGACACCAUUGAGGAGAUGGCCCUGAAGAAUAAGGCAGCUAAGGGGGGCGCCACCCAGGACUUCUCCACGUUUUUCCAGAAGAUACGGGAGACGGGGGAGAGGCCCAGCAACGAGGAAAUCAUGCGUUUUUCCAAGUUAUUUGAGGACGAGCUGACCAUGGAUAACCUCACCCGGCCUCAGCUGGUGGCCCUGUGCAAGCUGCUGGAGCUUCAGUCCAUCGGCACCAAUAGCUUCCUGCGCUUCCAGCUCACCAUGAGACUGCGCUCCAUAAAGGCCGACGACAAGCUGAUCUCUGAGGAAGGGGUGGACAGCCUGAACGUCAAGGAACUGCAGGCAGCAUGUCGAGCACGAGGCAUGCGAGCCCUCGGCGUCACGGAGGAUCGGCUGAGGGGCCAGCUAAAGCAGUGGCUGGACCUGCACCUGCAUCAUGAGAUCCCCACGUCACUGCUCAUAUUGUCCCGAGCCAUGUACCUCCCAGAGACCCUCUCACCUGCCGACCAGCUCAAAUCCACCUUGCAGACCCUCCCGGAGAUUGUGGCUAAGGAAGCCCAGGUAAAAGUGGCAGAGGUAGAGGGCGAGCAGGUGGACAACAAGGCGAAGCUGGAGGCCACACUGCAGGAGGAAGCCGCCAUCCGGCAGGAGCACCAGGAAAAGGAGCUGGAGAGGGCUGUGGAGGCAGCGAAGGAUGUUGAGCUGGAAGUAAUGGGUGCUGCUGCCCCUGAGAGGCCAGUGGCUGAGUUGAAGCCAGAGGUGCCUGAUGUGAUCCUGCCCGAAGAGGCCCUGAAGGACACUGCCCCUGUGCUGGAAGGCUUGAAGGAAGCGGAGAUAACCAAGGAGGAAAUUGACAUUCUCAGUGAUGCCUGCUCCAAGCUGCAGGAGCAGAAGAAGUCCCUGACCAAGGAGAAGGAAGAGCUGGAGCUGCUGAAGGAGGACGUCCAGGACUAUAGCCAGGACUUGCAAGAGAUCAAGAAGGAGCUUUCAAAGACUGGCGAUGAAAAAUACGUAGAAGAGUCUACAGCCAGCAAGAGGCUGACAAGGCGAGUCCAGCAGAUGAUCGGGCAGAUCGAUGGUCUGAUUGCACAGCUGGAGACCAACCAGCAGGCCAGCAAGCUGGGCCCUGUUGAGGGCUCUCCCGAAGGGGAGAACGUGGUCAGCGUCACAGAGCUCGUCAGUGCCAUGAAGCAGAUCAAGCACAUUCCGGAGAACAAGCUGAUGAGCUUAGUCUCAGCACUGGAUGAAAACAAGGACGGCAAGGUCAACAUUGACGACCUCGUCAAGGUAAUCGGACCUGGUGGACAAAGAAGACGUUCAAAUCUCCACCAGCCAAGUGGCUGAGAUUGUGGCAACGCUGGAAAAAGAGGAGAAGGUUGGAGAGAAGGAGAAGGCCAAGGAGAAGGCAGAGAAAGCAGCUGCAGAGGUGAAGAACUAGGACUGCCUGCCUCUUGGCACCCAGGGCCUGCGAAUAUUUAUCUCCACCCGCUGUGACGGCCACGGUGGGAAUGACGUAAGACUGAUUGCUUUGAGGCAAUCCUUAGUGGCAAAUCUAAUAUUUUGUUUGGAAUAAAUCAGAAACU